AUGUUAAACAGCCUUGGUAUUCUCUUUAUGUGCUUUCUUUAUCCAAUGCAAGAUGCCGGUCAGGCAUUUAAAAUUGACGUUGAGACCAUUUUGGCAAGCUGUUUUACCUUCAUAGACUUUGAUAAACUUUUCUUGGGAUCCUCGUUUGGAGAUUCCAUCUGCAUUCGAUUGUCGGAAGAGCCGAUUAUGCAGCCAAGAAUCCCAUCCAUAUUGGAUUCACCUGCCCAUGAUUGCUCUUCGUCUGUUGAUAGGCUAUUUUUUAAGGAGAUUUCUAAAAUUACAAACACAGGACCGAUACUUGAUUUUACGCUAUCAGACAUGGAUACAAAGAGCUCUUGCACAAGUAGCAGCAAACAAAUAAUUGCAUGCUGCGGGGCAUUUACCGAAUCGCGUUUAAAGCUAAUUCGAAGCGAUCUUUCGACCCAAGUAUCAUUGGGGGCACUUUUUAAUGACUGGACUUCGGUUUUGUUUGAAAAAAUAUGGCAAUUUCCGCAGCAUUCCCUGUGCGUCUUGUCGACCCAUUUUCAAACGGUAUUUUUGAACCAAACCGGGGACUCAUUUAAAGACAUUUCACGCUCUUUUUCUGACGUGAACUCGCCCUCAUUGCUAGUUUCUCCUCUAAAUAACAACAGAGAUAUUUAUAUCAGAGUCACCCCCACGCGUGUAAUAAUUUUUAAAGUGGGUAUGAACACGGAAGGUGUCGAUAAUACAGGGGACAUACAUAUUGAUGAUCUCGCCUCUUCUUCUGCGUUUCUUUCGUACAAUCCUCUUAUUGAGGUGUCUUUUUGCUCGCUGCUGUAUGAUGUUUUGGUUUGUGUUUUUAUCGACUCGUGUAAAGGCCAAUCGAUCUUUUGUUUUUACAAAAUCUCCCCAGAUUACUCCCUUAUAAAUAUACAGGAAAUUCCCGUUUCUGGGCAAGUGUUUGCCUUUUCGGUUCUUGCUACCAAGAAUCUAAUGUCUUUAUCUCCUCACAGUGGAAUUUUGGUGUAUUCAACUUGGGAAUUUCCGAGCGAUUUUGUUGUUGCGGCCAUCAAAGAGGAGCAAUCAACAAAGCUGAUUGAGAUUUGCAGAUACACAUUAUCUGAUCAGGGCAAUAAUGUCAUUCAACGCUCCGGUUGUUCUGGUCAAAAUGGGGCGUAUGAAAUGCCUUUGCUCAUUUCCUCUCUCCAAUUGGCUUCUUUUGUUAAUGCAUCAUCGGAUACUCCAUAUGCUAUUUUUCUGAACAUUGGAACAGGGGAUGGUCAACUAUUCGUAUUUUCGGUCUCGCUGGCCCUUUCCUCAGAUGUGCAGGAAAUCUCCAUAUUAUUUGAAAAGAAAAUUGGAUUGGGAAACAAACCGGUUCAAUUUUCUUCAGUGACCACUGGAAACAUGCCCACAACCUUUUUGUUUGCAUGGGGCGACUUUUCGGUAAUUCUGUUUUGUUCUUCUUCGAUUUUACGGCAUGUGUUUCUUUCUAGCGUGUCGAGCCCCGGUACCGUUGAAUUUAAUACGAUUUCCUUGUUUUCUAACACCAACGUUGACGUUUUCUGUCGCCCAUCAAUGAUGGCCAUUUCCAAAGUCGGGCUUCAAAGCGAUCACGUUCUUUUGAUGUUUAGUUUUGAUGAAAUUGUUACUCAACACAUGCAAAUAAAAUCGUUUCCCUUGAUAUCGAGUAAGAGCUGGGAAAUGCCUAUCCGAAUUUGCUACUGUGAGCUUUCCAACAUUUAUGCGGUUAUCACGUUAUCCUUUGAAGGCCGGUGUUUAAGCAAUUCGAAAAACGGCCACUCAUAUUUGAGGCUAUUCGAUGCAAGCUCCAUGAGGGUACUUAAUUCCUAUCCUUUUCUGGAUGGUGUUCAAGCUACUUGUCUCGAUGUCGUCGAUUCCUUUCUUAUCGUCGGAUGCUCCAUAUCUCCUAAAGAUGGGCUGCUUCCGCAAAAUGGCGAAGAUGCAUCCUCUUUUUUCGAGGGAUCUAUAUUUGUAUUUAAUGUGCAUGCUCAAAUGGCAUCUUGUUCGCUUUCCCCUAUAUUUGAGCAUAAAAUCCCAAACAAUUCCAAAGGGGAUGGCGGUCCGCUGUAUUCGCUGGCCCACUAUAAAAAAUUCAUCUUUGCUGGCGUUCAAGCACAAAUCUUGGCAUUCAGAUUUGACAACUGCACCAUGCCGCAACGAUUGGUCCCGGCAGGCCAAAAGUACGCCCAAAUUCUGCCCAUGUAUCUGACGGUGAGCGAUAAUGAAUUGAUUGUCGGCGAUGUGAUGAAGUCGAUUUCAAUCUCACGAAUCGCCGUUUGUAGUGAAGAAAAAUCCAAAUACGAAGGGGAGUUUUUGAUGUUCGAAGAGCUCGGUAAGGAAUACGCUACACRGUGGAUGACAUCGCAAGCCGUAUUUUCGUGUUGUGAUUCAAAAACGUAUGUCGGAUGUGAUGGAGAGGGUGUGCUUUUCUUUCUUGAAAGACCUGCAAAUGCAUCUAACAUUGUGGAUGAAAAGGCUCUUAAAAAAGUCGCCUCGUUCUACAUCGGCGAUACGGUCAACCAAUUUCGACGAGGAAGCAUAUCCUUGCAAUCUAGCCUUGAUAAGGAAUCGGACUUUGGUUUGUUCAUAUUGAUUGACCGUUAG